AACUGCAUCCAGUGAAAAAUCGUGGCCAGUUGUAAUUCGAGCAGUGCGCUGGCACGACGUGGUCCAAUAUUAAGAAAAAAAUCAAUUAGCAAGCAGACCCCUCGCCAAAGAUCAAUUACCGGACGUGCCCAACAGUGAAAUAGCCAAGAAGUGCCCGCAACAACAAGAGACGCCAAGCUGCAAUCGCAAAUAGGAAUAAUAAAUACACACAAACAAUGGCCCAGCCAUCGGUAGCUGCAUUUUUCACCAAUCGCAAGCGUGCCGCUUUGGACGAUGCGAUAACCACCAAGAACAGGCGCCUAGCGGAGCCCCUUGAAUCCGCCGCCCCACAGCAGUUACCUGCUGCAGCCCCUGCUGACCAGGAUGCGGACAUCGACAUGCUUAAGGCGGCGGCCAGUGGGAUGCGCACCCGUUCCGGCCGCAAUGUACGCCUGAUAGUCACCGCCCAGGAGGGCGGCAAAAAGAAGAGCACAGCACCCGCCGCCGGCAAGCUGGAGGCGCACAUCAAGCAGCCCAAGCUGGUGCAGUUCAUCAAGAAGGGCACCCUGUCGCCGCGCAAGCAGACGCAGUCCAGCAAACUGGAUGAGGAUCAGCUGCUGCAGCAGCACUCAUCCAUCAGUGAAGUGACGCCCAAGGUGAACUUCAACAUAACCAGCCAGCAGAAUGCGGACAAUGUGCAGCGUGGCCUGCGCACGCCCACCAAACAGAUCCUCAAGGAUGCCUCGCCCAUCAAGGCCGGGGGAGUGGAUUUGCGACGCCAGCUGACCUUUGACGAGGUGAAGACCAAGAUAUCACGCAGCGCCAAGAUGCAGGAGCUGAAGGCAGUGCUGGCCCGCAAGGCGGCGCUGGAGCAGAAGCGCAAGGAGCAGGAGGAGCGUAACAGGAAGCUACGCGAAGCUGGCCCCUCGCCCUCGAAGUCGGGAGUGAGUGUGCAGCUCAAGGAGUUUGAUACCAUCGAGCUGGAGGUGCUGACGAGCCCCCUUAAAACCUUCAAGACACCCACGAAGCUACCGCCACCCACACCCGAUAAACAUGAGCUCAUGUCGCCCCGGCAUACGGACGUGUCCAAGCGUCUGCUCUUCAGUCCGGCCAAGAAUGGUUCACCGGUCAAGCUGGUGGAGGUGCCGGCCUACAAACGCUACGCCAGCCUGGUUGAGGGUAGCCGUGCGGGACAACUCCCCUUGCCGUACAAAUACCGCCACUUGCUGGAUGUCUUCAAGGGCCUGGACUCGGUGGUGGCCAUGUUCCACAACCGCAAGGAGUGCAUCACCUUCAAGAAGCUGAAGCCGGCGGUGCAGCGCAUGUUAAGGAAGAACUUUACGGAAAUGCAUUUGGCCCAGAUUCGGCACAUCUACCCGGAGGCCUUCAUCUUCAGCCAGAUGAAGAUGCGCAACUUUGGUUCCGUGUCCAAGGCGGACUACUUCCAGCUGAUCAUCAGCCCCAAUGUGGAGCAGGUGCCCGCCGAGCAGCAGCCACAGCGCUUUGCCAAGAUCGAUGAGGACGAUGUGCUCUCGUCGGCCCAGUCGACGUCUAUGAAUCCACACGUCAUGACGGCGCGCAUGCAGCGCUUCCAGAGUCUGCUGCUCGAUCGGGUGAUGCGGGCGCACGACCAGUUCCUCCGCUCCCAGGAUCCGCCUAUCAUUAUUGAUAAGGCGCUGACUCGCUGGCAUCCGCAGUUCGAUCUGGAGAGCUGCCCGGAGGUGGAGCUGGCCCCGCUGCCCCAGCCCCCGAAUGUGGAGAAGUACUCCUCGGCCAAGGAUAUCCUGUCCACGGCAAGGAAUCUCUUCAACUGUGCCACGCCCAUGGAGCGAGCCAUGGAUCGUUAUGAGGCCAAGUUGGAGGCAGACAAGCAGCAGGCAAUGGAAGGCAAUAGGAAAGCGGAGGAGGAGGGCACAAGCAAUGCAAGCACGGAAACCAAGGGGAUCCCCGGAAUAUCAGCAGCAACUGGAAAUCCGGUUGUUCCUUCAGCAAGCAAGACAGCGGCAAUAAGCGACCAAACAGCCACAGCCAAGCCCACGGUGAAGGAGUGCACCGCCCCGGAUGGCGCCUCCAAUCUGCUCAAGGGCUUGCCCAAGUCGCUGAUUGAAAAGAUCCGAGCCAAGCAAGCGGCCAAGGCAUUGGAUGCCAUGACAAGGAGACCCUCACAGGACCAGGAGGCCACCAAAUACUCCCGCCUGCCGGAGCUGGCCAGGCAUCUGCGCAACGUGUUCGUGACGGAGCGUAAGGGAGUCUUGCCUCUAGAGAUAAUCAUCAAGAAAAUUGAGAACAGCUUCCGAGCCAAUCUCACGCCGCAGGAGAUCGAAGCGCAUCUGAAGCUGCUGGCCAAGGAGCUGCCCAGCUGGACAUCCUUCCACGAGGUCCGCAAGACCAUGUACAUCAAGGUGGCCAAGGACAUGGACAUGAACAAGAUCAUCGAGAGGCUGGAGAGCAAGGCGAACGCGAAGAGCAAUUAACCAAGUAAGCAGCCAGGACGCGGGACCCCGUCGAGCAAUGACCCAGCUACACAUAUCUAUAAGUACCAGAUUAGGCUAAGCUCCUCCUGUUCCCACAACAUCUGACCAUUAUCCAUUGACACUAUGACAUACCAGGACUGGAAGCAUCAUCACAUUGAUUACUCAAUCAUAUUUUUCGGACCAAGCGUUUAUACAUUUAUACUUUUUUUUAGAUUUAAGAUCAUUUUUCGUGUUGUAAUCCGUUGAAUAAAUAAAUAUUAUUGCUGGAAAGUUGUA